AUGGCGUCCCCGGUGCCGGCGCUGCCGUGUGCGGCUGCGAACUCUCCUUUUAGUUCUCCGAGGAGGUUAUACUCUAAGUGUGACAAGAAGUGGGUCUCCAAGCAAACGAAGCAGGUUAUCUGCAACGUCUACGCUGGAGUAAGGCGCCGUCAGCCGGAGCUAUCGACGAAUUCUGUGUGCCGAACUGUCGCCGAACUCACCGGAGUGAGUAUGCGAACGGUAACACGAAUCAAGGCUGAAGCUCUGCGGGCCCCACUUUCCUCUCCAAAGCGUAAGAAACUGGAUUUCUCGGUCUCGGGCGAAGCUGGGAAGCGCAUGACCGCCAAGACGAGGCUGCUGCGCUACGACACGUUUGCGUUGGCAGCAUUGCGGCGCAAAGUGCACAGCUGCCGAGAAGCUACUGCCGAGAAGCUACGCAACGACGUGAUCAGCGACACUGACAUGGACAUGCCGACGAUCAGCACUCGCACGAUGCAACGAAUGCUGAACGACUUGGGGUUCCUCUUCCGAAAGAGAAAAAGGAAUUCCGCAUUGCUCGAACGAGACGACAUCGUUGCUUGGCGUCGAAAGUACCUCCGUACAAUCCGAGAAAUGCGGAGGCAGCAGCGGACCAUAUACUACCUUGAUGAGACCUGGGUAAACGCUGGCCACACUAAGGAGACCGUAUGGACAGACACCAAAGUGAUGUCCCGGCAAGACGCAUUUCGUCAAGGCCUCUCAACAGGUCUCCGUGCACCGAGCGGUAAAGGAGGACGCCUAAUUGUUUUGCGUGCUGGCAGUGCGGAAGGCUUUGUUGAUGGAGCCGCCCUAGUUUUUCGUGCCAAGAAGGGCGCUGGUGAUUACCACGCAGAAAUGGAUGCUUCGCGUUUUCAAAAAUGGUUUGUUGAACAGUUGCUACCAAACAUCAAGCCACGCAGUGUGAUUGUGAUGGAUAAUGCGUCCUAUCACAGUGCUCAAGUUGAAAAGGUGCCAAGUUCAUCAUCAAGAAAAGCCGACAUCCAGUGCUGGUUGAAAUCGAAAAGUAUCCCUUUUUCGGAUGACUAUCUGAAGAGCGAACUGCUGCAGCUCGUUAAGCAGAAUAAGCACAUGUUCCUUGCUUACCAGAUUGACACACUUGCCAGCGCUGCCGGUCAUGAGGUUGUGCGCUUGCCUCCUUACCACUGUGAGCUCAAUCCAAUAGAGCUCGUGUGGAGCCAGGUCAAAGGCUAUGUUGCUUCAAAAAACACUGACUUCAGGAUCGAUUCAGUCGAGCAGCUGUUGCUGGAAGGAAUUGCAGCUCCUGCACCGCCAGUGGUGGUGAGCCAGUGUGCUACGGCCUCGCAUCAAUUGGCUGAGGUCAGGCCACUGGUGGUUGAAGAGCAGGAGGUCGUGCUGGAGCCGGAAGCUGGGCAGCAGCGGCAAGCCGCAGGGAACCGGCUGUCGGAGCGGGAAGGGUCGCGAACAACUGUAUACCUGGUGGGCUGGCUGUGGACCCUGAGCAAAGUGGCAGCCCUGACGUUGCUAACAAGCUGA